GUUGAGAGAGAGAGAGAGAGAGUGAGAGAGAGAGAGAGAAACAGAGAGCUUCCAGUGAGAGAGAGAAAGAGUCCUCUUCGUCGGCCUGUCCAUCGUCGUCGUCGUCGUCGUCUCGGUCUCAUUGUUGGAUUUGCAUUCUGCGAAAAUGGUGGAUCAGUAUUUGCUAGGCUCGCUAUUGGCCUCGAUAUUGGUGAUUGUGGUGUCGUACAAUCUCUACGCGAAGCGAAAUGGAACAGCAGAGAGCACCACCGCCGUCACCACCACCAGCACCACCGCCGCAAUUAACUCAGAAUGCAGAUCGAAGAACGGCGGAGGAGACGAAGAUGUCGACGUCAUCAUCGUCGGCGCUGGCGUUGCUGGUGCUGCUCUCGCUCACACCCUCGGCAAGGAUGGGCGUCGUGUUCAUGUGAUUGAAAGAGAUUUGAGUCAGCCUGACCGGAUUGUUGGAGAGUUGCUACAACCAGGUGGCUACCUUAAAUUAAUCGAGUUGGGUCUAGAAGAUUGCGUGGAGCAAAUAGAUGCUCAACGGGUGUUUGGGUAUGCUCUUUUCAAGGACGGAAGGAAUACUCGACUCUCUUAUCCUUUAGAAAAGUUUCACUCCGAUGUGUCGGGAAGGAGCUUUCACAAUGGGCGCUUCAUUCAGAGAAUGCGGGAAAAGGCUGCAACCCUUCCCAAUGUUCGAUUGGAGCAAGGAACAGUCACAUCUCUGCUUGAAGAAAGAGGAACUAUUAGAGGGGUGCAAUACAAGAACAAAAAUGGUGAAGAACUGGCAGCAUAUGCACCUUUGACCAUUGUAUGUGAUGGCUGUUUUUCAAACUUGCGCAGAUCUCUUUGCAAACCUAAGGUAGAAGUGCCCUCUUGUUUUGUUGGUUUGGUUCUGGAGAACUGCGAAUUGCCAUAUGCAAACCAUGGGCAUGUUGUUUUAGCAGACCCGUCUCCUAUCUUGUUUUAUCCUAUUAGUAGCACUGAAAUUCGCUGUCUUGUUGAUGUACCUGGUCAAAAGGUUCCUUCUAUUUCAAAUGGAGAAAUGACCAAGUAUUUGAAGACUGUAAUUGCUCCCCAGAUUCCUUCCCAGUUGCAUGAUGCUUUUAUCGCUGCUAUUGAUCAAGGAAACAUAAGGACUAUGCCUAAUAGAAGCAUGCCAGCUGCUCCGCAUCCUACUCCAGGGGCCUUACUGAUGGGGGAUGCAUUUAACAUGCGCCACCCUUUAACUGGUGGAGGAAUGACUGUUGCACUAUCUGAUAUUGUUGUGCUACGUGAUCUUCUUAGGCCUCUGCUCGACCUAAAUGAUGCGCGUACUCUUUGUAGAUAUCUCGAAUCCUUUUACACCUUGCGUAAGCCUGUGGCAUCCACAAUAAAUACAUUGGCAGGUGCCCUGUAUAAGGUGUUUUGUGCUUCACAUGAUCAAGCACGGAAGGAAAUGCGCCAGGCAUGCUUCGAUUAUUUAAGCCUUGGAGGUGUUUUUUCAACAGGACCAGUGUCUUUACUGUCGGGCUUAAACCCUCGUCCAUUGAGCUUGGUUCUCCAUUUCUUUGCGGUAGCUAUAUAUGGUGUUGGACGCUUGUUACUGCCAUUUCCCUCUCCCAAACGUAUGUGGAUCGGAGCCAAAUUGAUUUCGGAUGCUUCUGGAAUCAUCUUACCUAUCAUCAAGGCCGAAGGAGUGAGACAGAUGUUUUUCCCUGCUACCGUUCCUGCAUAUUACAGAGCUCCUCCAGUUAAGUAAGGUUGUGAAACCUGAAUUGUGGAC